CUCUCUCUCUCUCUCUCUCUAGAUGAAGAGGCCAUUGAUGGAGUGGGGAAUGCCCGAGCAAAGCAUCAAGGAGAUUCGCGAGCGAAACAGCAAGAACGACAGAUCAUCAUCAUCAGUUUCAUCAGCAUCAGUAGUAGCUGUUGGCCUGAGGAUCCUGACGCAGGUGUCUGAGACGACCAAGCCCCACAUAGUCGUCAAGCCCAAGGCAACCGCGAGCCUCCACCACGUUAAGCCUCGCUCGCAGGCUCGAUCCCGGAGUAACCCUAAUCUUGAGUACUCCUGCUUUCUCAGGACGUGCUCUCUGUGCCGCAAGAAGCUCAGCCCCGACCAAGACAUUUACAUGUACAGGGGAGAUGAAGGAUACUGCAGCGUGGAGUGCAGAGACAGGAGGAUCAUGAUGGACGAAAUGAAGGAACUGGAGGCUUCCACCAAACGGAUGGUGUCGUCUCCCAGGCAUUGCUACUCCGCUUCCCUCCAGAGCGAGACCCGCCUCCUCCGUGAAGAGCUCCAGCGACGGCAGCGCCACCUAAUCACUCCAAAAACUCGGACCAUAGUCUCAUAGCCCUUCCCUUCUUCUUCUUCUUUUUUUGGGCUUCCUUUUAUGUUUAGUGAUGAGGAAUUAGCGUACCGCGUUCUUAGCAAAGGAAACUCUCCUUUUUAGAGUGUUACAACAAAGGAAGUACUCCCCAAUUGAAAUAUUGGACAUUUUGUGGACAUCGAAAUCCAAUUUCUGCUUUUUCGUCAGCAUAA